AACGCAUGUCGUCACACAGGAACCGAAGGAGGCGGUCAAACCAAGAUGGCGUUCCGCGAUGAAGCAGGAAAUAUACUCGGUUUUCAGUAAAUCUCCUCAUUUGAGAGCGUCGACCGGAGCUUGUAUGUCCGAGGACAAGUGAGAGACUUAUUCGGAGACUGAAGACAGAGCAGAUAUUGUUACUCUAAAUGGCUGCGAGGAAGUCUGGAUCAGAUAUCCACAACAACGGACCCGUCAGCUACCUUGAGGAUGUUCCCUUCAAGCUCAAUGAGAAAUUCCGCUGUCCCUCAAAAGUGGGUCUUCCCAUUGGCUUCUCUUUGUCCGACUGUAAUGCCAAACUCUUAGAUCUGCAAUAUGACUUCAGUCUGGAGCGACGGAGCGUUCAGUGGGGGGAGGAGCUUGCCAAAGCACGUGCCGCCGAAGCUCGAGCGGCGGAGGUCGCCCAGGUGGACUCUGAAAAUGAAAGGCAGGCUGCUGCUCAGGAUGCAGAUGUCGGAUUGGUUGGGGGGAAGAAAGCUCGCCCCUCUGAUGAGCAGGACGUUCUUCCACCAGCUUUGAACCCAGUUUUAGCUGGCCUGUGGCACAACGCAAUCCUUACGCCUCUCCCAGCCCCCUCUUUUGGACCGACGCGACCAGCACCUAGCAACCCGGCCCCGCAGUGUCUGAACUUAGCUGACUUUGAGCGAGAGGAGGACCCUUUUGACAAACUUGAGCUUAAGACACUGGACGACAAAGAAGAGUUGCGAAACAUCCUUCAGAGUCAACCGCAGUCCGUUUCGCCUCCUCAGCUUCCUCCAGCCGAAAAUCGGCCCACUUCUCCAAGUUCGCCUCCUCUUCAGGCCAAAGCAGGAUUGUUCCAUAAACCCAAUGGACUGGUUGGUCUGCUGGACUUAGAACGGGGUGGGGUUGUGGGGACUCCUCUUGGACAGAUUGAUGCCGACCGCCCAUGUAAUAUUCGCUCACUGACUUUCCCUAAGCUUUCAGACCCAGGAGACUCCCCCUCAGAACCUCCUCUCAGCGUUUACCCACCACGCAGUCUGUCCAACGGCAUGCCACCAUCCCUGCAGAGAACAGCUUCCAAUACCAACACGACAGUCCCCCAAGAGCAACCUGUCUAUGUUCAGAAUGGAACAACGAAGCAGUCAAACCCCGUCACGGCUACUAACCAUCCGCCUGGUGCCACGAUCCUUCUCGGCCUCUCUCCCAGUGAACGACAGUGUGUGGAGACAAUUGUGGGCAUGGGUUAUUCUUACGAGGGUGUUCUCAGAGCCAUGCAAAGACAAGGACAGAAUGUGGAAGUGGAACAGGUGCUGGACUAUCUGUUUACUCACAGUCGACUGUGCGAUCGGGGUUUUGAUGCGACUGCUGUGGAGGAGUGCUUGGAGAUGUACCAGGGCUCUGAGGAAAAGGCUCUUGAGUUUUUGCAGCUGAUGUCAAGGUUUGGGGAAAUGGGCUUUGAGAGAGACACUAUUAAAGAGGUACUACUUGUGCACAAUAAUGACCAGGAUAAGGCGCUGGAGGAUCUGAUGGCCCGGGCGGCUGCGAGCUGAGCUUCGAGGGUCCGUCCAACUGGAGCCACCCCUCCCCUGGCCCUCCGAGGGGUCCUGGCUGUGGAAGGAUGUGAUUCUCUUAUCUCUAAGACAGGACGACUGAUUUUGUAUCCUAAUAAAGAUAUACCUCUUGGAGUAGGGAUUGAUGGCACCGCUCAACUGUGCAUUCAUCCCUCUUCAGCUGUAUGUCUGUUAAGUGAUCUUAGAACGGUGACGAGUGGGAGGAGCCGAAACCCGUCCCCGAGAAUCGGCAUUGGCUAGUGUCUCUGUUGCCAUGGUGACAGACUAGACUGGGCGGUACUAGAGAAACAGAAUUGAGCGGAGCCCCAUUGACGCCAGGUUUGACAGAUUACGGACUCGGAGUGACACUCGAAGCUAUUACGCUGCCAUCUCUCGCUGCUGGACGCAGGCUUUCGAAAAUUGAAACCUUAACACUCAUAAAUACAACCCACGGCUAAACAGAAACCCCACUGAAGUGCCCUCACUCUAUUCUGUCUCUGCUGUUUGUUUGUUCAUACAUUGUUUAUAUGUUUGACAGGUGGAAAUACUUUAUCUUUCUUCAUUUGACCUUUUUUGAGAUUGUGUUUCUUUGUUCUAUGGUUAGGAACUGCUUUAACAGAACUAAUCAGCAUUAUGUAAGUUUGCCCAGUUGGCUUUUGCACUGGAAUGAACACAUUCGGCAAGAGAAAUUGGUAAGUUCGGCUGGAACUGCAAAAUUUGAAAUGAUGCCGCCACGUUCUCAUACAAAUGACAUGCAAAUCUGCACAGGCACACUGAAUCACAGAUGUUAAUAUAAACAUAUUUAAAGAACUGUAAAGAUACACUGUCGGCUUCCAUCUGUAAUAAAGAAAUUGAGAACAUUAACACACCCUAUUGAGGUUAACACAUUAAUCUAUUGGACAAAGCAGAAGACAAAUGGAGGUAUACACUAGCACUCAUAAGUUUGGGGUCAGUAAGAUUCUUUUUUUAAAGAAAUUUAUACUUUUGUUAAGCAAGGAUGCAUAAUAUUGAUCAAGUUAUAUUUAUUAUGCGAAAGAUUUCUUUUUCAAAUAAAUCAAAGAAUCCUGCAAACCACAUGUCCACAGAAAUAUUAGGUAGCACAACCAUUUUCAGUUAGAUAAUGGUUAGAAAUGUUACCAAAUCAGCAUAUUAGAAUUAUUUCUGAAGGACCAUGUGACACUUUAGACAAGAUUUCUUUCUUUUUUUUUUUUUUUUACAUAAAUGUAUACAUGUGAAUUUUUAGUAACAGCAGUAUUACUGUUUUACUUGGUCCUUGGUGCCACCAGCCUUGGUGAGCAUAAGAGACGACUUCUCAGAAAACAUGAAUGGAUCUUACUGACCCCAAACUUUUGAACAGUAGUGUCCUUAAGUGAAAGUUGUGCAAUAGAUCUGAAGGUGAGACUGUGAAUUCUUGUGGCACAUUGAAUGGACUUUUGGAGCUUUGAUCAAAAGAGGUAUACUGUGUGUUUGUUAAUAUACUGGUCAACUUGCUCAGAUAAUGGUAUUCUCUUUAGAGGAAAGCAGAAAAAAAGUUGAAAAGUUGAACUGUGCAAUGUAGGAACUUUACUGACAUACUUUAUUAACAUAUCUGACUCCAAUACAAUUUUUUUUGGCUCAGAUGUAGCCCAAUGUCUAACCUCAUAUGUUUUGAUAGGGUGAAUGUCAUGAAAAAUAUGUCCAGGUCAUAUUCCACCCCUCCUAAAAAGAUUUAUUUGUUUAUUGGAGAAAACCAAGCCUAUUUUAAGAACCAAUAAGUUGUUGGGUUUUUUUUUUCUUUUUCUUUUUUUCUUCUGCUGUUUUACUGAAUUUUGUAACAAACAAAAAAAUGUGGAAAAAAAACAAAAUUCAUUGCAAUAAUUAUGAGAUCUUUAUGAUACAUAAUGAGAAAUAGACUUUAUUUUAAAAAUAAGGUUUUUGUUUUGUUUUUUUUUAUAGUGAAACAUGACCUGUUGAGAGGUUUUGUGACAUUUGCCUAAAAAAUUGUGAGUGUGCCAUUUCUUUUUUUCUUUUUACUUCGUGUCAGUUCCCAUCACAUCAAUUCAAGUUGAGAUUUAGAUUUUGAAUGCCACAGCAGCCAGAUACAUUAAUUUGACUCUUUAAAGUUUUCAUAUAUACAGCAGUCUUCAGUUGUAAAAUGCUUUUACAUGGCAUGAGACGGUACUACCAACCUCAAUCAAGUUAGUCCAGAGAAACAUGAGUGUGUUACUGUUGAUACUGUUCAAAUUAUAUCAAGCACUUUCCUCUGAGAUGGAAUCACUUUUGAAAGAUGUCUCUUGAGGGGAGAUAUAUAGUUUUUUGGGGACCUCAUAUGGCUCAUCAUGAAUAAAAGUGCUGCGUUAUCAUUUUGUUUUUAUUUUUUUAAUUUUCACCUUUAUAGAUACAUGAACAUCCUCUUUAAGCUCACUUUCCAUGUGCAUUUUAUUUUGACAUGUGUUGCUUCAAAAUCAUGAUUAAAUUGUAAUGUGUGGCGUGGGUGCUUGUUGAUGUA